AUGAAUAUAAUUCUUGUUUUACUGUACAAAUUGCGUUUUAAUUCCACAAAUCCUUGGACAAAAACAUCGACACUGCACCUGACCGAUAAGAUGGAAGGGCUGUACAGUGAGUUACGGUUAAUGAGCUUCGUGUUGCCGAAGAAGAGCAUGUACACAGAGCAGUUCAAAUUAACACUGACUAGAGCGACAGAGCUGGGAAUAAUAAGACGUCUUUUGAAGACGUACAAUAACGAAAUGCCAACCUGUCAGGAAGGAUCUUUGGUACAUCCGGUGGUGUUGAGAGGUGUCGCUAUACCUUUCUUGGUGUUGGCCGGUGGGUUUGCUGCUGCCAUAGUGAUACUGGUACUGGAAAAGGCCUUCUACUCUAUGCAAACAAUGGGCAUACUAUCGUAA